AGGAGGCAGGUAUACAAUAGAGGAUGUAGAGGAGAGGAGGCAGGUAUACAGUAGAGGCUGCAGAGGAGAGGAGGCAGGUGUCUGGUAUAGGAUGGAGAGGAGGGAUGGGAAGCAGAAGAGGACGGGUAUCCAGUACAGGAUAGAGAGGAGGGGGUGAAGAGGAGGGGAGGGCAGGUAUGUGGUAUAGGGGGAGGAGAAUGGAUGCUGAAUGAGAUAUUACAGAUGAAGCCACCUCAGGAUGAGCCGGGACCAGCACUGCAGACAGACGGAAAGCUCCUUUUCUGGCCAAGGAACAUUGGUCACGCUGGUGGUCCGUCUAAAAGUUGGAUAUUAAUGCUCCCUGCAGGCUCAGUUUAUUGUGUGGACAGACCUCCUGCCAUGCUAGGGCUGUUCUCUACGUCAUGCUUCUCCUGCAUAUACUAAAUAUAAUGGCCCCAUUUUACUUCCUGUGUCUACUUGCUGUGACGUUCUGUCUCCAAAUCUUCUUCUUCCUCCCGGGCAUGUGCAAUGGGAACUCUUUAACACUCUCUGGCCUCCUUCAUUCAUCGAUGUUCUUCUUUUUUCUUAUCAAUGUUGUUGGGAAUUACAUUUUGGUCAUCUGGAAGAGCCCAGCUACUGGUGGACAUGGCGGAGAGGCUGAAACAGCAGAUAAACCAUUCUGCUGCAUAUGUGUGCGAAUAUUGGGGGACAAGGAACACCACUGCUUCUUCACCGGGACAUGUAUUAGUCGCAGCAAUCUGCGCAGCUUUGUCUUGCUCUGCCUCCAUGCUUCCUGCAGCUGCUUCCACUCCAUGGUGGUGGGACUUGGCUACAUCUCAAGCAACUUCUCCCUGUCUUUCUCCGAGCCCUUGGCCUUCCUCAGACUGUUGCCUCUAUCUGUCACACGCUUCUUCUCAGGUUCUCUUCUCAGCUCGGAAAUGUUGGCCGUCCUCAUGCUUUAUCUCUGGUUUGGGGUGGGUAUAGCCUGUGCUGCCUUCUGUUCUCACCAGCUGCUGCUCAUAUCCAGGGGACCGGCCUGUCACCAGAGCCCAGGAGCAGAAGCCAGCCCCGUCCGCUGGGCUGACAACUUGACAAGUGUCUUUGGAAAGAGAUGGAUGCUGGCUGUCCUUGUGCCUCACCUGAAGGAAAAGUGAUGACGGGAUCUUGGAAGUUCAGAUGGCACCUUCACCUAUAGACUAUAGCACAACACACUGCGAGUAUGAUCAGAGGGAAUCUGAUUGCUGCACAAUUAUAGUGAAUGCACUUUGUAGUUUGUCGUCUGCUUUCACUGAAUUACUAGCUAAACCCUUCAGUUCUGCACUGAGGGCGACAUAAAUGCAAUAACACAUCAGUAGCUAAACCUCCAAGCUUUAUCCUGAAAGGCUAAGCUAUAAAGAUUAUUCUCACAGCAUAUACCACAAAUUGCUCUUACAGUGCCACACUGGCAGAUCAGGCUUGCAAUAUUAAAGAUCAGUCUAUAGACACUGUGAUAGGUCUCUUAAUAUCGAACAAUAGCAGUUAGGCUUUACCAUCACCAGUGUACGCUUUAUAUUCUCAGGCCCCGUACACACGGCCGAGGAACUCGACGUGCU